GCGCGCUCACAGUUAAUGAGGAGGGAAAAAGAAGCGGAGAAGUUUUUGGAAGAGAAAAAGUGACGAGGACAGAGUGUAGGAAGUGAGAAGCCUGAAGCUGAAGCGGCUCGUGCUGAUUCGUCCUGAUCCUGGAUUAUUGAUCACCUCUGAACGAAACAGCAGCCGCCGAUUCCUGAUAGAAGAAUAUUUGUGGAGCUCAGAUCUCCUGAAAACCUCCAGAGGCAGCGAAGGCAACACAGUUAAGCUGAUUUUUGUUGUUCAGCUGACUCGUUACCGAGACUUUGAUUGGCUGACGAACAGAAAAACUCUUCCUUAUUGAUCAGUGAUCAUUUAAACUUCCUGAAAGAAACGUAGGCAGAUCAAUGGCAGCGUCAGAUCUGAUCCAGGAAAAUGACGAAGGCUGCCCCCAUGUGGACGCUGAUGUGACCGCAACAAAUCCCCCCUCGCUUCCUCAUCCUCCGAGGGUUGCCAACGGUAACCCGGCUCGCCACGUCUCCUCGCCGACGCCCCCCACCGACACCCCUGAUGGCAAACGCAAACACGAGCGCAGCUGGUUCCAGCAGAACCAGCUGAUCCACAGUCUGAGCAGCGGACUGAGGCGACACUGCGACUACAUCAGGAUCGCCGUGCCGGAGGAACGAGCAAACCGCCUCCCAAAGGAGUGGUGGAAGACGGGCGUGGCCUUCCUCUACGCCCUCUUCAACCUCAUCUUCACCACCGUCGUCAUCACUAUCGUCCACGAGAGGGUGCCGGACAAGUCUUUGAACCCGCCGCUGCCCGACAAGUUCUUCGACUACGUGGACCGAGUGCCCUGGGCCUUCACCGUCACUGAGGCCAACGGGCUGAUCCUGGUCGCACUCUGGCUCAUCCAGUGGAUCUUCCUCAAACACAGAGCUAUAGUCGGUCGGCGAUGUUUCUUCCUCAUCGGGACUCUGUACAUGUAUCGCUGCGUCACCAUGUAUAUCACCACCCUGCCUGUGCCUGGAAAACACAUGGUCUGCGCUCCAAAGCUGUACAACGACUCGACGGGGAAAGUCUGGAGGAUUUUGAGGCUGAUCUCAGGAGGAGGUUUGUCUCUGACCGGCUCUCACCUGAUGUGUGGAGACUUCCUGUACAGCGGUCACACCGUCAUGUUGACUCUGUCCUACCUCUUCAUCAAAGAGUACUCUCCUCGGUGGAUGUGGUGGUAUCACUGGUUCUGCUGGUUGCUCAGCGCCUCGGGAGUCGUCUGCAUCCUGAUCGCCCACGAGCACUACAGCAUCGACGUGGUGAUCGGAUACUUCGUCACCACCAGGACCUUCUGGUGGUACCACACAAUGGCCAACACGCAUGUGCUGCGUCAGGCUCCAAACAACUACCUGUCGAGGACCUGGUGGAACCCGAUCUUCAACUUUCUGGAGAAGAACGUCCGGGCGACGGUUCCCAUCGCGUUCUCGUGGCCAGUGGCGCUGCCUUCAUCCUGCAGACAGACAUAUAGGAUUGUGGAGGGGGGGAGGGAUGAGUGAGGUCAGAGGAGGAGAGGGUGGAGGACAGAGGACAUAAGCGACCUGAGCUGAUGGGAAUAGUUUCCGUCCGUCCCGACUCUGGUACAACAGGACGGACGGAAAGCUUCAACAUCAGCUUAUUUAUUAGAAGCAGCUUCUCCAGCUGUUUCCUGGUGACUGAGGAGGAGGCACAGAGAAGGUGUUAGCACGUUUACAUUAUCAUGGUCACCUGGUUUAUUUACCUGCACCGUUUAAUCACCAGAGCUGUAAUAAUAACAGUGGGUCGUCUCUGUGUGAUGUGGGCAGAGGAAAACGAGAGGCUCCACUCUGCCAGGUAAAAACAGGUGUUGGAUUAAAAUCGUUCGAUUUCGUUUCACUUUGCUGCCAGAUGCUGCUCAUGUUGACUCACUGGGCUCCGUCAGACCAUCGAAAAACAUCUUUGUGUUGCUUGAUUUUCUGAAACACAGCAAAGAAAACUCUCUUCUGAAGGCGUUCAGGCCUUUCAGGAAUUUAUCCUGCUUUCAGGCGUCUGCAUGCGGUUUGUUCUGUUCGACCAGAUGCUCAGAGAUAUUUCUGUUACAGUGAUGUAUGACAGAGAACAUUUGGUGGUGUUUCACUGUGUGAAAAUGAUGGAAGCGAUUGAUUGAUUGUCAAACCAGUUGCAGAUUAUUUUUCUGUCUAUAGAUUAAUGACUGUGAAGCCAAAGAGCAAACGUCCUGCAGCUUUGGGGCUGAUGCACCAAAAGCUAAUACUUUUUGAUCCCUUUGAGAAAUUCACUAAAUUUCAUCUUCUAUUUUUAUUUAAUAAAAGAAACUGAAGUUCGUGUCAGAACAAGCAGCAACAACGCCACUAAAUGUCUAAAGCCUCAGAAAAGGGCAAACACUGCGUCUCGUGACAGGAUGAUUUAGCUAAACUGCUAAUAUUCUGAAGCUAAGCUCAGAGUGUGACUGAGCUUAGCUAAGCUUAUGUCAUUGAAUCAGCCACAUGCUAAUUAUGCUAAACUACUGAUUGAUGAUUGAUGUCAACUAAAGUAAAAAUAAUACGUUCAGUGCAGAUGAAAGAUGAACACAGCUCUGAAAACUCGUUUAAACUUCUGGAUUAUUUCUGGUGCGUCAGCUAGCCAAAGCUAACACAGCUAGCCAAAGCUAACACAGCUAGCUGAUUCAUAUUCCCAGUGUGGACUCUCGAUCAGAGAGAUUGUGAGUUAAUGGUACUGUUGUAAAUGUUCUGUACUUGAUUCAUGUUGUCUAAGUUAUAUUUUCAUGUAAUAAUGUGUAAAGUAUUUUUAUGGCAUUUUUUUUUACUGUAAAAUGAAUCAAUGGAACAAAAACUGCCUGUAAAACGCUGCUGACUUCGCGUCGGAUGAAUGAAGGUCGUCGUAUAAAGCUCCGUAGUUAAGUGUCACCUGAUGUUAAACACUGAAACACUCACAUCUGUCCAUGUUAAAUCCAGAUGUUUGAUAAUAAAAGAUGAAUUUUCAGUCAGGAGCUGGUUCUGAUGACAGAUGUUGUGUCGCAGUACAUUUUACUGCUGAUACUUUAACUACUUUGUUUACUUUUGAUAGUUUAAUGACAUGAAGCUGAGAAUACUUGAGUACUGUUACUGAAGUAGGAUUCUGAAUAAAGAUUUUUUUUUAAA